CAUGAACUUCGGGCCUUCCGGGAUGUGAAACACCAAAAUGUCCUAAAAUUGCUGGGUCGGUGCUUAGAAGCUGACCCCUUCCUUGCACUGCUCGAGUACUGUCCCACGGGCGACCUAAAAACCUAUCUUCGGUCGUUGCGUGGAACUGCUGGUGAGGACGGUUUGAAGCGAGACGGCGUACUGAUUCGGAUGGCACAGGAAAUCGCGUCCGCGCUGCACGCCAUUCAUAAUCAGAAUAUUGUACACUUGGAUUUGGCUGUGAGAAAUUGUUUGCUAACGGAGAACUUGACGGUGAAGAUUGGUGAUUACGGAGAUUGCAGGGAUAGAUAUCCAGAGGACUAUUUUCCUACUGAAAACGGAUAUGUGCCGGUGAGAUGGGUGGCACCAGAAUGCAUCGAGUCUUCGCUUGGCUCGCUAAAAAUAAAGCCUUUGACGUCGCAAGCCAAUGUUUGGACGUACGGCGUGGUCACGUGGGAAAUCUUGGAAAUGGGGGCCCAGCCGUACGGGGAGCUUGUAUCCGAUCGUGACAUCGUAACGAGAGUUCUUCUGCAACGCAGUUACAAGCUCCGACUUCCCACCGGGAACAUCCCGUUAAAGGAUAAAAUAUAUGAUUUAAUGGUGAUGUGUUGGGAAGACGAAAAUUUUCGCCCGUCCAUGGCUGUGGUCGAGAAGCGAAUGUCGGAGCUUCUACGUUUGCUGCAAACCGGAGAAUGUCCUCAAACUCAAGAUCAAUUUUCGUCGAACGUUAGAACGCGAACCAUGAGCGAAAUGAAUGGCUAUGACAUGCAUCCAUCGCUCUGCUUCGAGUCUGACUUCAACUUCGUUGCCAUGAAGGACCCCGUUAUCUGGAAAUCGCCGACUUACGAGCAACAGUGCGUGCUGGAAGCUGUACCGACUGACUGGUUUGGCGACCAGACUGUCCCCGCCAGUGUCAAUUUCAAGCUGGGGGAAAACUAUGAUUCGAUCGUCUCGCAUGUCCCGUUUACGCAGCCAACAUUGUCCGUCGUUGUAGACGAUUCGCUGUUGAUGAAUUCGCAACAAUUCUCCAACAAUUCAGACGACGACGAAGGCUGGAAAAGCCGCGUGGAAAGUGGUUACCUUGCCAUGAAAAUCAGGGAAAAAUCUAAAAGCGUUCAAAAUCUCAUGAAGUUGACGCACUUGGAAUGUAGUCCCGACCCCGAAAUUACCGAAACUCGGUCGAAUCUGAGUUCGCUUAAUCUUUGUGCUAGUGAAAGCGACCUUCGUGUGACGGUUGCUGAACAGUCUUUUUUAGAGGACAUCAAACUACAAUCUGAGUUAAUGACGCAAUCCACAUCCUUUGCCAAAAAGCCAUCGGACUUCAAUUGUCUCGAUUCCUACUCGGAAACUUUUUCUGGGCCGUCGAGUGCAGAUAUGGCGGCAUGCUUGUCUAGCACUCCGAGGGAACCAUUGGAAACGAAAUCUGCCGAUUUGGCAAAAUUUCAACCGGAAGUUUUUAAUGCCGACGUUUCCGACGUGAUAAUCGGUCCUUCCGACGAUCUGGGUCUAGACUAUUUCCAAGCUCUAAAGUCGUCUAGCACCGGAAGUGCAACCGUUAAGCGGGCUCUUUUCAAUCUCGACAAUGCGACCAAAAGAGUGAAUGGUGAGGUUGGAAGCUCUGAGAAGGUCGCUGAACAGGAGACAAUGGAUUCAGUCAUGGACACCUUUGCUCGACUGGAACGGGCCGCCGGGUCGCUCGACCGCCAACCGCGUCCGUACAAAGACCGGAGGUCGAUCGAAAGCAACGGCAGUUGGGUCGUAAUCAAUACCCCUGUUAAAAAUGUUGAACUGCUGUAUUCGGAGUGCGAUGAGACGACGUCUUCAAUCAGUACACUUGCGUCUAAUGCUUACGUCACUGCGUCUGAAAGCACAAUUAACGAGGCGUACUUCACCGCUGACUCUACCGUCGAUCAUUCAGAUCAGAGUACUUUGAUGCAGAAGUUCUUGCAGUCCGACGACUCGGGGGUUCCGGAUGCCGAGAUUUCCCCGGAACAUGCGUUGAAUGAAACUUUUGUUGUCAAAGAUAGGAAAUCUAUUGAAAGCAAUGGGAGCUGGGACAUGAUAAAUAGUCCAGAUCGCCGAACUUUUUCCUCACCGAAACAGGACGAAUCCAAUGAUUUUUCUCGGUGUGAUCAAGCAAGCGCGGGUGACGAAAUGCAUUCUAGUGACGAAAACGAUGCAGACGAAUCGUCGGAUGAAAAUGGAAGAGACAGAGCUGAUGUGGCGGAUUCUUUGAAGCGCUUGCGUGACAUGCUAGGUGCACAACUAAAUAAUAUAUCUCCGGAGAAGAAUGAAAAUGAGGACGAAGUUCAGCAAAUCGAAGGAGAAAAGGACGAGUAUUUGAUCAACGCGGAGAAUUUAUCCUCUGGCCUUCCGUUAGUUUUAUCCCCGAUUCGAGAAUUAUCGGAAGAUGGAGACUCGGCCGAUUCGGCGACGGACGAUUUUUCGGAAGAGGAAAGUGACGAUGAGAACCUUCGUGGAGUGAAACCGGUCUCUGUAAACGGAUUAGGUCACAAUGGCUCCAUUAUUCUGGAGGAUUUGGAUUCGCCGAAUUUGAUUAUUGCGCCGUCGGAGCCCUUCAAUUUGCGACGAAAUGCGAAUGACGACAGUGACGUGGACGACUGUGACGAAACUGACGACAUCCUGGUUGUGGAUACGGAAACCAACGAAGCCUUUCUUUGCGAGGGUGGGAAGCCUUGCGCACACGUUGCGUUUAUGAACAAGAAAACGGCUGACGCUGCAGAGGUCAUUGCGGAGACGAUGAACAGUUUUAUGUUCGACGAAGAGGACACCGAAUCGGAGCCUUUGUUUAGAAUCAAUGACCACAUCUCGAGUUCGUGGUUCGCUGCUUCCCAACACGCAUCAGGUCUCCAGUCUCUCCCUCCAGCCUUUGUUUCGGCGCAGAACAGCGUUGAAGCAUCGCCGAAUUCCGGCAUGGGACCGACGAGUCUGCCUUGGGGCGGUGAUAAACCUGAUUCUUUCACGGACGAACGCGAUGUUUGGGGCGGUGUCAGGACUGGUUCGGUGUCUACGGCACUAGAAUCGAAAAAUUCUGAUCUGGUGAAUGAAUUUGUGGAGAAUAGCGUCACUUCUUGCUCAGCGUCGCCACGGGAGUUGCCGCUGCCUGACUGUUCCGGUGACUUGCGUAAUCAUGAGGCAAACAUCCAGCCCCAAUGGAACGAUCUGGUUAAAGAAGCUGCAAAUCAAGGACAGGAGAAAUUUGGAUCGCUGAAAACCGUUGAUGAAGACUUGCAUCACUUCGACGGUGAUCAUCUUUUAGGAGAGAGGGAAACUCCUGAUGGCCUUCAAUUAAAGGCUUCUGACGCUCCAGAACCAGAUGCUGUUUGCUACACUCCUGAUUUUGAAAGUGAAACGACUGAGAGCUCUUCAGAUGAAAGUGACGACAGUUCUUCCACAACCAGCGGGGAAUAUGUUUAUACCAGGGAAACGGAUGAAAUCAAGGUUGAUGGAAUAAAAGCGACGCCGAAUGAUGGAGAAAAAAUUAUAUCCCAGACCCCCGAGGACAAACCUAGAAAGGAUGAUUCUUCCGAUGAACGAGAAGAUGGAAGCGAGCCUUCAGAGCCAUUUAAGCCAUCUAUUUGGAAUCGAGAUCUCUUACCUGCCCGUUCUUUGCUGAAAAAAGCUGCUGUUCAAAAUCCCGAUAAAAGAGAAAGUUCUCCUGAAUCGAGGAAAAGUGUCAAAUUUAGUGCGCAGGAAUGUUCAGAAAUUUACGAAUAUCCCUAUUGUGCUGACCACAAGUGCUCGCCGAUGCACUUGGAGCAUAACAAACAUUCGUACUCCGGUGAUUGGUCCCCGAAAAUGCUCAGUCUGAGUUCGACAUCCGCACCUGUGAAUGUUGCGGAAUGGGAUGCCGAGGAUGACGACGAAAUCCCGGAAGAACUUGCUUCUGGGCCAUUUUCCUGGCCUGCCGUGGGAAACUCGAACUUCCAGUUCGAUGCCGAAGAAAUCUAUCCUACUCCUUCCAGAUUAUCGGCGAUUGGCCAUUUUUCGUUUUCACCUGAACGAUGUGAAGGUGACGGCAGCUUUUCAGGAAGUGAGUUCUUUCCUGGGAAGUUUGCGCCUGUCGAAUUCUUCAAUGACGAUGAAGAACGUGACGAUAAACUGCUUCAUAGCCGAGAUUCGGAGGAAAGCAGAUAUUCUGGGCAGGUUCUUGUAGAUCAUUUGAUCAGUUCACGAGAUGCCAACGGAUCGUUUACGAAGUUUGAUCUUCGACCUGAUCCACUAGGGGCUGAGGCAGACGCUUCUCCUGAAGAAAAUGUAGCAGAAAAUAUUGAUACGUUCCAGAAAUCCGAUGAGGGCAUCUCCUGUGAUAAAAUCUCUUCGAAUGAUCCGCCGUUGCUGACCUGAAAUUUUCCUUGGAAAAAUCCUAAAUUUAUGCCUGGCCUCGGUUUCCCCCCGUUUUUCUUACAUUUGGGUACUGGGAGUUUUUAUGUAAUUCUGUUGGGGGUUUUUCCGUGUAAGACAAGUUUAUACGACCCGAAGCGUACUUAUGUGGUGAAUAUUCGGAACGUUUCACGGUUAAUUAACCCAUUCGAAUUCCCGGAUUUUUUUUAGGCAUUUUUUAACAACGUAAACUUGAUGCAAUCUUCAGUACAAAGUUUGGGAAGAUCUGAAUUAUUUCCCGCCGGUUCGUAAUUAUUUCAGCAGUGACCAGUUUCCAUGUAACUCAUCUCCCAGUGAAUCAUCGGGUUUCGCUGUGAGGUUGCCCCGCGAGAAAUGUGAUUUUUGAUCUGGUUUAUCCUUCUCUGGUGAUGUUUGUGAUUCGUCCAAUUCCUGUUCCCAUUUUUUUGCAAAUGGCAAUUGUGUAUUUAUUAGUAGUGUGAAUCCGUCACAUGACACCCACAACGUCGGUGUACUUUACUCUGCCUGGUGUCAAAUGAUGUGGGACAGUACAUUUGGAAAGUGUUGGACAGUAAAUUCGAAAAAUGUGUGUGAAAUUUGAGGAAGCUGAUCUGUGGAUUCUUCUCCCGGUUGAGUAAGGAUCCCAUAAUCUACAGGAAAUUUUAGCGUUUAAUUGUGAACUUGGAAUCGAUCGGCGAAUAAAACGAGAUCUAGUUUAUGACA